ACGCUUGGCCUGGCCAUGAGGCUCAGCGGGGGACAGUCUUCUCUUCUGACGGCACUGUUGCCACUGCUGACCUGCCUCCAUCUGGGGAUGAGUCUGGAGCGCAUCAGCUACGCGCCCCAGCUCUCAAGCGCCACCCUGGCAGGGAGACUUACCCAGCCCACCUUCACACUGGAGCAGCCGCAGGGCCAGUUCAGUCACCUUAACGUCGCCGACUUUGACGCCAUCUGGCUGGUGUUGGCCCACAGCCAUGCCACCCAGAGCUUCACUGCCCCACAGAGGGUGGAGGACACCCCGGUCCCUGCCAACUUGCCCCAGAGGGGCUACUACGUCACGCUGAGGACCAGCUGAGCACUCUACCCGGGCGGCCAGCCCGGCAACGAGCUCUGGGUCCUCCGUGUUGCCAACGAUACCCGCUGCUCCCCGAUGACAAGAGGCUGCCACCAACCCCUGCCGGGCCCGGGGCCCUACCGAGUGAAAUUUCUGGUGGUGAGAGACAGGGGACCCAUGGCUGAGACAGAGUGGUCCAGUGAGACCCACCUGCAGCAAGCCGAGGCACUCCAGGCUGCCCCAGGGCCCCACAGCGCGGGCACCGUGGUCAUCGUUGCCAUCUUGUCGGUCCUGCUGGCCGUCGUCCUCACCACCCUCCUCACCCUGCUCAUCUACACCUGCUACGACAGCUGUGGGAGCACGUCCAUCUCUGGCCCAGGGGAGCUGGCGUGCAUGAGAAGAUAUAACACCCACCACAUGUUCAGCCCUUCAGCCGAGGGGAGCUCCUGA